AUGAAAAUCACUCUCUCCGCAGCUCAGAUCCCAGCAUUGUUGGACUCAUUUGGUUGGAAAGUUUUUGACGACUCUUCCUACAGAUCAGACCUUGCGCUGAGUGAUUUUCAUCCUUUCCAAUAUUUCAAACAUCAUUUUGGCGGCAAUCACAACAACGAUGACGAAUACGUGAAGAAGGCCAUGACCUCUUGGUUAACGGAGCUGGCUGUAAGUUUGUGCGAUGAGGAUGCAUGCAAUGGUCGGCAGUUGAGAGAUUUGAUCAUUGAAAUUGAUGACUGCUAUAAAGAUUUUUACCAAAACAAAUACCACACUGGAAAAGAGUUUUUUGGAGAAGCUAAUAGCUGUGUGAAGAGGGUUGAAAAAAGCGUUUGCACAAUGAAAAGGGAACGCAUGUUCAGACAAACUUUAAAGGAGACAAUUACUGUCCUAAAAAAAUUUUCAGUUGAAUCAUUUGAACCCACUGAUGGAGCAUCGUCUGUUAAAACAAAGAAGUGUUUAGAGAAAAUUAAUAUAACAAUGUUAGAUCCAUGUAUACCUGAUCUUCAUUCUUAUGCCGAAGCACAUUGGAGAGGCAAUCCCAUCAGCGACGAGAAAACAGUUACAUGUUUUGAUACGCAUACAAAAGACUGCCAUAAAAAAGCGUUAGGAAGAAUACUAAAAAAUUAUCUACUCAUCAUCGAUCAUAAAUCAUUGUGUAAGGAAACUACAACCGAAGAAACUACAACUGAAACUGAAGCUGUCUAUAAAGAUGAUGACACAAUAAUAGCGUAUAAUGAACAUGGAGAGAGUGAGUAUGAAUAAUUUAUGACAAAAUAU